AUGGCAAAAUUUUUUUAGAAGGUAGAGAAAGGAAAUGUUUCUCUAAACAAUAAAUAUGUGCCUAUCUUGCUUAAUAUUUAGAGGACUUUCAAUAACUUAGAAGAUACAAAUACAAUAAAAAUAUACUAAAAAAAUAAGAUAUUUGCCUCAAGUUGGAAUGAUAUUAAUGAUAACACUUUAUAAGAAUUGAAUUAGUUUUCGAUGUAAUAACUGAAAAAAAUUACAUAUGUGAACACAAUCAUGAAACCUAUAGAAUUUUAAAAUAAUUUAAUUAACUCAAAUUAGAAUAAUUAGGAGAUUUAAUUUGAAGAGAUAUUUUAUGGUUUUUCAUCAAAUGGGCUUCUUUAUUAAACUAGCACAAAUACUAGUUACACAAAAUAGUAAGAUGAAGUAAAUUGCUCUUCUGUAGCGUAUUAUCCAGAUGUAAGAUGUUUGAAUUGGUUUAGUGAUACAGCAUAAUAACUAGAUUUGAAAAUAUUCCCACCUGUUUAAUAUUAUAAUAGCUCAGAUUUACCUUAUUAAGCUAUUUUCUUAUGCAAAAGAAAUGAACUUGAAAAUAAUAAUUUUUUUGUUAUUUGUUAAUCGAUUGAUCUUUAGCAGUUUUACAAUUUUUUUUAGUUCAAAACUACUUUUUCAUUUUCUUAGUCAAUAUUCGAUGCAGAUCUGAAAAAUAUUAUUUAUAAUUCGUAUUUUUUGGAUAAGAAAAACUAUCUUUCAAAUGAAUCUUGUAUGAGGAACAUCACUUACUGUGUAAUUCAAAAUUUAGAUACUGCUUAAAUUAACGAAAUAAAUAAAAUAAUUUCAAUUUUAAAAUAAAAUAAAAUUUCAACUAAAGAAAUAAAAAAUUAGAUAGAUUUAUAUGAAACAUUAAAUUAAAGCUAAUAAAAUAUUGUGCUUUAGAUAGAAGGAGAUGAAUAUUAUGUGAUUAGGCUAAUUGACUAUCCUAUAGAGCACUUAACACAAAUUUUGAAAUAGUUUUCUCUAGAAGAUAGUAAAUCUGCUUUAAAAAGAUAUUAAGACGAAGGCUAAUAUAUAGAAAAUACUCCUGUCCAUUAAGAAUUUACAUAAAAUUUUGAUAUUGAAAAAAGUUAGAUUUCAUAAAUGAAUAUUGAAAACCUUUUCUCAACUAAAGAGACUAAAACCUUGUUUAUGACUUUUUAGAAUUUAUUUAAGACUUUAAAUUUUACUCUUUAAAACUAUUAUGAACAAAACGAUAACGGUUGCUCAACAUUACUGCAAUUUAAUUAAUAAGUGGAGCACUUUAGUAAAUUUUCUAAUAUUCGUGCCCUUGGUGUAUUGUACAAUAAUAUGGGAAAUAUUCAUUUCAAUAAUGAAAGAUAUAUAGAAGCUAUGGAAUGUUACUAAUAGUCUAUAAUUUCUUCUAAUUAUGAGCUUUAGUUUUAUAAGGAAAAGCAAAAAAAAGAUAACACUAACAAUAUAAACCUUCGAACUAAAAGAAAUACUGCUUAAACUAAAAAUUUUAGCAAGCUAAAUAUAGAAUAAGACUAGCAAGAAAACAAAGUAGAAUAAACACAAUUUUAUACUAAAGAAUAUGAUAAAACCUUUCAAUCAAAUGUAACCUAAUUUCAUAAGUUAAGUAAACUAGAAUAGUCUAAUAAAAAAAUGAAUAAAAUUUAAUCAAGUUAAACUAAUCAAAUAAAUAAUAAUAAUAACAUAGACUAAAGUGUUGAAACUAGUAAAUAUAACAUAAUUGGAUCAAUUUACAAAAAAAUUUUGUAGACCUCUGUAAAAUCUAAAAAUUUAUCUUAAUCAUAAAAAAAUAAAUAAGAAAAGCAAUCAGAUGUGUAAAGUAGUUCAUUUGACAGAAGAGUCUAAAAUUUAAAGAGAUAAACAAAGGAUUCCUUUUUUUAGCACUAAACAAUAAUAUUUGAAAGCGACUUUUAAAAAAAAUAAAAUGAUUAAAGAGAAAAAUAGAAUUGUAUGUAAUGUGACUUCUUCCAAAUAAAUGAUCUUAAUUAAGAAAAAAAUAAAUUACAAAUUAAUUAAACAAAACAUAAAAAUUAGUCAUUUGAUAUUUAGUAAAAAUUAUAUUCUUAAAAAGUAAUUUCUUUAUAAUCUGAUUAAAAGAAAAAUAAUUUACAAUAAUCUUAUUUGGAUAAUUUUGAAAAUAUUUACAUUAAUUUAGAGAGAUAUUAUGAUCUUAUGAAAUAGAUAAGUUUUAAUAAAAAUUAUUGGCAAGCCUAAAGUGCAGAUAAAAUUCAAAUUUAAACAAGUAAAAACUCAUUUUAUAACAAAAUAGAAGUAUCUUUCAAUUAAUAUUAUUAGAAUUCUUAAAAUAGCUUAGUAAGUAGUACUUAAUAAUUUAAUCUAACAUAAUUAAAAGAGCAAAGUCUUGAUGAUAAAGAUAACACAGGUACUUAUCUAAAUAAAAAUAAUAACUAAUAAAAGAGCUUCUACAUUGAAGUAACACCUUACAAAGUAAUAAAACAAUUAAAUAGAAAUAAUUCACAAAGAAUAAUGAUUUGUUCAAAGACAGGUAAGGUAUCAUCUCUUGGAUUUUCUAUUUAAAAUCGGAAGUAGCAUUCCCUUACUUAAGAAACCGAUAUUAGAACUAAAGGUGAUAUAUGA